AUGGCGUCUCCUCCAGCACAUCAUUCCAGCAAGGCAGAGGAGCUGCGAAAGGCUACUACCUUCCACCCAAGCCUGUGGGGUGAUUUCUUCCUCACAUACCAGCCGCCAACUGCACCUCAGCAAGCAUACAUGAAAGAGCGAGCAGAGGUAUUAAGAGAAGAUGUUAGGAAGGUUUUGAAGGACUCAACUGAAUUACCAGAAACAUUGAAUCUUAUAUUAACACUGCAAAGACUUGGACUGGAUUACCACUACGAGAAUGAGAUAGACAAGUUAUUGCACCAUAUUUACAUCUCCGAUUACAAUGACAAAGAUCUUAACUUAGUUUCACUGCGGUUUUAUCUUCUUCGCAAGAAUGGUUAUGAUGUGUCAUCAGAUGUAUUUCUGAACUUCAAAACAGAAGAAGGUAGCUUUGCUUAUGCUGACACGAGAAGCUUGUUAAGCUUAUAUAAUGCAGCAUAUUUGAGGAGGCAUGGAGAGAAGGUACUAGAUGAAGCAAUUUGUUUCACUAGACGUUGCCUUCAAGGUAUCCUUGUACUUCCAGAACAUCAUUUGCAAAGGAGGUGGUGGAAGGAGUUCCUAGCCAAAUCAAAGAUGACUUUUGUCAGAGAUAGGAUAGUAGAGAUGUAUUUCUGGAUGAAUGGAGCAUGCUAUGAUCCACCAUACUCUCGUUCCCGAAUUAUACUAACAAAGAUCACAGGUCUCAUUACAAUAAUUGAUGAUAUGUUUGACACAUAUGGUACCACUGAAGAGUGCACAAAGUUCGCUGAAGCACUUGGCAGAUGGGAUGAAAGUGCAAUACAUCUCCUUCCAGAGUACAUCAAGGGUUUCUACUUGUUCCUGUUGGAGACAUUUCUGUCAUUUGAGGAUGUGUUAGGGCCAGAGAAGAGCUAUCGUGUGCUUUAUCUAAAACAGGCGAUGGAGCGCUUAGUUCAGACAUACUGCAAGGAAAUAAAAUGGCGUGAUGAAGAUUAUGUGCCCACAAUGAGUGAACACCUUCAAGUUUCAGCAGAAAGCAUUGGAUCCAUCGCUCUAACAUGUGCUGCAUAUGUUGGAAUGGGUGAUAUAAUAACAAAGGAGACUUUCAAGUGGCUUUUGAGCUAUCCUCAAUUUCUAACAUCUUUUGGUACAUUUGUACGGCUCUCCAAUGAUGUCAUAUCAACCAAGCGUGAGCAAACAAAAGACCACAGUGCCUCGACUGUCCAUUGUUACAUGAAGAAGCAUGGAACAACAAUGAAUGAUGCAUGUGAAAAGAUAAAAGAACUUACUGAAGAUUCAUGGAAGGAUAUGUUAGAGCAAGGCCUUGCACUGAAAGAACUACCAAAGGUUGUGCCACGAAUAGUGUUUGACUUUUCAAGAACCACGGAUAAUAUGUACAAGGAUCUUGAUGCAUUGACUUCUUCAGAAGCACUCAAAGAAAUGAUACAACUACUAUUCGUGGAACCGAUACCCGAAUGA